AUGGACAAGACCAAGGCCCUUCAACUUGUACUCCUUCGAUGUCUUACAAAUGACGCCGUCGAUUUUCACACGGACGGCGACGACCUCAUACUGGAAAUCUCUGAGGAGACUGUCGUAAUUCACUUUCAUCUCGUUCCGGAACCCAAACCUCUGCAGCACGACUACUUGAGCUUUGCGCGACCCGUCGGCGCGAGUGCUAAGUAUUUUAUCUUUACUAACUGCCCGGUAGAUCAGCUUAAUUUUAAGGAGCGCGCGAACGACAAAUUCGGUUUUCUCAACCUGACGAAUUUACGCGAGCUCGCGACCGAGCAGUUAUACGUCGAUCGGAUUCCUUUCGACUUCAACCCGAGUAUUACCGAAGCUCUGCAAGAGUUCACUAGUCAACGCGGUAUAAGUCGUUUCUUCUCCCAGUUGAUACUAAAUCGAUUUCAUUCGUACUUAAAACUGGCCCGAAGCUUUACGCGGAGUGAUAUUAAAUUAGCUUUACUAGAAUUAUUCGUCGCUGGGUAUAAGGUGGAUUUGUUCUACGACACGCGGAUCAGUUACAGCGAGCUUUGGGCGGAUAUCACUCGCGAUUCGCCUUUGAUUGCGGUCGAGUCCGAGUAUGCUAGCGAGACGUUUUUGAAGUCGCACACCGCGGGAGUCAUCGCUAGGUUUGGAGAUUCGUCCGAGAUCGCCUAUCGCAACCUGUGGGUGUCGGGGGAGGUGGCGCUCUUAUUAUCGGCGCCCAGCUCGAAGGACUAUCUGAAUGUUGUCAACAUUCUGAAGGCGUUUUCGGCCGGUGUGAAAGUGACGGUGUUGACCGUUUCCGGCCACGAGACCUUGUUGUGCUUGAACGAGGAGCAGUCGAGCCGGUUACUGCAAUGCGAGGCCAAUUUGCAAGGGAAGUCGACGUUUCGGCUCGGGGAGUUCGUGAACGAGCUGGCAUCGUUGAAGGCCAGCGAUGCCAUUCGGGUGAUCACCAACAAUUUAAUCGUCGAUUAUUGCUACAAGAAGCCGCCGGAGUAUUUCAUCGAGAGAUCCUAUGCCAAGGUGAUUAUCAGGCUCGAUGCCGUCGCCAGUUUGGUGGAGGAGACCUUCAUCGUGGAAGACCAGGUGAACGGUGUCAAUGUCUCACUGGGCACUGUGGACGGUUUGUCGAAUUUGGUAAUUGUAAAAGAGAGACCGGUGGAUGCGUUAAUAGGAGCGAGAGAGACUGGUCGCCCCGUUCACCUUCUGGUGUCGUGUGGUGAGAACUGGCUCGAGUGGAGGAGUUCUUGGGGGUCUACUGAUGGUAUUAAAAAAUUUGAUAUAUCGCAAGAGUUGAGGUUGGAAGGAGAUGUUGCGGAGUUGAUACGGGACCGCGAAUGCAAGGUACGACUGUUGACCAUGAAGGCCUCGAUGGGUAAGACGGCGAUUUUGGAUCAUUUGGCACUUUCCAUUACAAAUCGAUGGGUUCUUGUGGUAGAUUUAAACAGGUACCUCUCCGAAGACUGUCGCAAAGUUGACCUGGUGGAUUUGUACCGGUUUUGCACGCAGGACAGCUCCGAAUUGGCGCAGCUUUUGUUUGAGAAAUUCGCCGACGCGAAGAACGUAGAGGUGCUCUUAGACAAUUACGAUCAGGCGGCUUUGAAUCAUUCAGACAAAGCGCUCGAGUUGCUUACGUCUUUGCAACAGAAGAACGUGGGCUUUUGGAUAAUAGCGAGUGGUAAAAAUGCUGGGAGAUUGGAGAAGCAGCUCGCUACGAUUGCGAUACCGCUGAAUGCAUUUAACGUACGAAAUUCACGCGAUUUUCUCGUAAGAUACUUCGACCAGCUUGCGGGGUCGCAGAAGGCCGAUGUGAACACGUUCGUUGAGACGCUGUUGCGUAUGCUUCAGAGGGAGAUCGACGCCUUUCUCGAUUCUCCCUUGUACCUAACCCUCAUCGCCAACAUUUACAUGGACGACUUCAAGCACUUUGUUUUGACUGGUGGGUUGAGGCUCGAAGAUAACUUUCAGUUGAUCAACUUUUUGGAAACCUUCGUCGCAGCGUACGUCAACUACUUGACAGACAAAUACGAUCUUUGUGACAACAAAUUUUUCUCGCAUCGUCUUCCGUUAUUGGCCCUACGCUCUGUCUUCGACCCAAGCGAUUUAUUGUACUACUUGAAGGAGGAUGCACUGGCUGAAUUUGCUAAGGAAGGGAUUGUCGAGUGCGAAUUGCCUCAUGCGAUUAUGGCCCAGUUUUUGUCUGCGAAGUGGAUGUACGAGAAUUUAUCGAGCAGGCGCAUUUUGGUCAGGGCUUUAAAUAGAAGGCGCUUUUCCGAUUUGGAUCGCUAUCGAGCAACCUUCACCAUGUUCGAUCUUCUGUUAGCUAAAGAUCUUCCGUUGCACACUACGCUCAUCCGAAGCAAACUGAAAUACGUCCCGGCCGAAAACAGCGAUUUUAGUGCAACUGAUUUAGGGGGACGAAAUGCGGUGCACAUGGCCGCACUGUACGGUGUGUGCCAUCCCAGAACGAACAUCGUGCGCGGCGUCGAUCUCAACGACCAACUGGUCACUAUCGUUACGAUAUCCGAUCCGAGUGUAAUCGAGGCGGAUGAUACGCUGUUGGGGUAUUCCGCUUUGGAUUACGCCCUAAGCAGUGGGUGCCUGGCCGUUGCCAACGCCAUAUGCGAAAAGUCCCCGCAAUUGGUCGGACGGAUUCACAUGGUCCCUACGCAGGUCGAAAGUUACAUCGCGUACUGCGUUCAAAUUGAACACUACGCGCACCUGUACAAAUCCUUGCUUAAGUACUUGAUUUGGCACAAAGUUGCGACCAGUCAACUGAGAGAAAACAUGGAAGCUUAUUCGUUCUCAUCUGAACUGCAACUGGACGAGCUGACCCAGCAGACUGUCGAGACCUACAUCCAGGGUUUAGAAGUUAGGUUAAUGAACCAUCUCAUGGAGAAGCUGAAGUUGAAAAAAGAGAACUCGCAGUAUUUCACCAACCUGCACCUGGCCGCCGCCUACGGAUCCAAACAAAACAUACUCGACCUGUUGAAAGAGGGCGCUAAGAUCAACAACCUUGGCAGUCGAUCGAACACGCCGCUUCAUGCCGCAGUAAAUCACAACCGAGCGGACAACGUCGGCGCUCUUCUUGGGGCCAGGGCAAAGAUUAAUGUGAUCGACCCCUUCGGAAACACAGCUUUACACCUGGCGUGCACGAGGCGUAAUCCCCAAAUGGUCACGAAACUCGUGCGACGAGGCACCGACAUCAGCAUACAAAACGACGCAGGCGACACUCCGUUUCACCACGCGCUGAAGCACAGCUGCGAGCCGAGCGCCGAACUGUUUCUUCCCGACAAAUACUACUCACUCUUCUUCUCGUCCCAGACCAGCAUAUCGCGCGAUCACUGUCUGGACGUUGACUUACAAAACAAGAAUGGCGACACGCCUCUGCUGCUCGCCUUGAAGCACGACUGCGGCGGAAUCGUGCGCGAGCUCUUGGAGUACCACGCCGACGUCAACGCGAUCAACCAGUCCGGCAAUUCGUGUCUGCAUUACGCCGCAGAGGUCGAUGACUACAAGACCGCCUUAGAACUGAUCUACUAUCGCGUCAACCUCAACGGCGUUAACAGCGAAGGCCAAACUCCUCUGCUGAUCGCGCUCAAGUCUCUCCACGUGCGCAUCGCCAGGCUUCUGCUUUCGAAAGGCGCCCACGUUGACGGUUGCGACAGCUUGGGAAUGACUUGUCUGCAUUACGCUGCCAAAACCGGCCUCAUGGAUCUGGUCGAGGUCAUUUUGGAUAGGGGAGUCGAAAUUAAUCGACGAAGUAACGAGGGUGAGACUCCGUUGAGUCUCGCGCUGUCGCGAAAGAGUGUCGAUAUCGUGCUGCUAUUGUUGAGGAGGGGCGCUGAUCCGAACAUUCCCGAUGGUAACGGCUGCAACGGAUUGCAUCGCGCCAUCGAGUCGAAGCUAACGAGCGUGGUUACGGCGUUGCUGGAGCACGGGUGCGACAUGGACCACCGAGAUUAUGAGGGCGAAGCCCCGUUGUUUACGGCGUUGCGUCUUGAUGCAGUCAGUAUCGUCAAGCUGUUGCUGGCGAGAGGUGCCGAUGCAAGUGCGACCAAUGCGAGCGGUUCCACGUGUUUACACGUUGCCACGUCAUAUUUUACACUGAUGGAAGAGUUCCUCAAAAUGGGAUUGGAUGUGAAUGCGGCGGAUAUUAAUGGCAAUACGCCGCUGAUCAUCGCGUCUGAAGAGCGUCGCGCUACAUUAAUGAACCUAUUGAUCGCGAAUGGGGCGGACCCCCUCGCCGAAAACAACGAGGGGUAUACAGCGCUUCACCACGCCGCGCAAUUCGGUUUAACUGACUCGAUUGUCGAUUUGCUGAACCGGGGGGCUGACAUCAACAAAAUAACCCGCGCGGGUGAGACUCCAUUGUUAUUGCACAUUCGCGACUGGCAACUGGAGACUAUCACGACGAGAUUGCUACUGUCGCGGGGCGCCGACGUGAACGUAGCCGACUUGGAAACCGGUGACUCUCUGCUACAUUCCGCUACGGAUAAGUGCCAGACUGGAGUGGUACACGUACUGUUGAAUUAUUCGGUGGACCUCCAAGCGCGAAAUAACGACGGGGACACCGCGCUGCAUCUCGCCAUUAGACGCGAGCAUUUCGAGGUUACAAAGCUUUUGCUUGUGAAAGGAGCGGAUGCUAAUGGCCGGAAUAACGGCGGGGAUACUUGCCUGCAUAGCGCUGUAUCUACUGAGAGCUGCGAGAUGGUUAUGGCUUUGCUCCAACAUGGAGCCACGACUGAGGCGAUCGAUGGUGGUGGGGAAACUCCCGUUAGCAAAGCGCAAAGGCUGGGAUAUUCCGCUAUUGUGAACCUGUUACUGAAAAAAGGUGAAAAGAGGAACGUAAGCCUUCUGUCGGCUGUUACCAAUGAUGAAAUGUACACGGUUAGGAAACUUAUCGAGGAAGGUGUUGAUAUCAACAUGCGAGACGAGAAAGGCAAUUCACCGCUUCUGGUCGCGCUCAACUCCCGCUAUCUGACCAUUGCUGAUUUUCUUCUGUCGAAAGGGGCUGAUGUUUCCGCGUGUAACAACGACGGGUAUACUGCUUUACAUUACGCAGCCGAACUUGGAGAUAUACAAAUUGUCCGGGAAGUUCUCAGAAGAGGCUGUGAUAUCGAUGCCGUUAACAGUAAUGGUGAUUCGGCUCUGUUGCGGGCUAUGUUCGGGUGUUAUUAUUUUCAUAUCGCGCAUCUACUUCUCGAACGCAACGCGAAGGUCGAGUUACCUCCUCACCAUUGGAAAGGAUCGUAUCUUCACAUAGCUUGCGAGAAUGGCUCCGAAGACCUUGUUGCGCGGCUACUCAACGCAGGUGCCGACGUUGACAAGUUCGGUCAUAUCGGAAUGACGCCAUUGAUGCAAGCGAUCACGAGUCGUCACCGGCGUAUCGCUCUAAAUCUGAUCGAACGCGGCGUCGAUCUGAACGUGAUUAGCGAGUUCUCAGACACCGCUCUUUCGUUGGCCGUCAUUCGCCAACAUUGUGACGUCAUCGACCUACUAAUAGAGAAAGGAGUGCCGAUAGAUUACUGGGACGACAGCAACGGUUCCUUAUUGAGAACCGCGAUCGCCAACGAAAAACGGGGGGCCGUUAAACUGCUACUCUCCCGCGGGUGUAACGUUCACCUGGGAAACGCAUCGGCAGGGUAUCCAUUGCACGCCGCGGCAGCUGUCGACUACACCGAUUUUGUCUCGACUAUCUUAGAUAACGGCUUCGAUGUCGACAAGAAAACCGCCGAAGGAAACGCACUCUUCAUUGCAGCCGAUAAAGACAACUACUCUACCGCAAUCACUUUGAUUUCAAACGGCGCUUCCUUAGAUACCUACAGUAACAACUUCUCAUCAAUGCUCUGCCUCGCAGCCAAAAACGGAUGGGAAGAAAUGGUCGAAGAUCUCAUAAAAAACGGCGCAGACAUUCAUCACAAAAACCAAGAUAACGAGACGCCUCUUCAUUUCGCGCUACGCGAACCAAGGGUUAACGUCGUGAAAUUGCUGUUCAAGGCGAUACUCGCGCACGACCCCAAGGACGGCGAACUGAACUACCUUCACCUGGCGGCGGAAUUCGGCGACAACCAAAUCGUGUCCGAACUCCUGAAGAAGGGUUUCGAGAUCAAUAAGCGGAACGACUACGGUGAAACUCCCCUACUGCUUGCGUUUCAUUACGGCAAAUGGAGCACCGCCAAGCUUUUGCUCGCGAAUGGAGCGGAUCGUAACGUCGUCAGUUACGGAGUAUCCCUACCCUGUUUUCACGCCUUCGUCUGUUUCGGCUGGGACGAUAUGGUACUGAGUAUGUUGGAGGAGGGCUUCGACGUCAACGCCAAAUCACACCAGGGUUUAACCCCCUUGCACGUUGCCACCCAAAACAAAAACCUUUCCACCAUCGCGCUGUUACUAUCACAUGGAGCUGAUCCGACCGCCUGCGACGAAACUCCACUGGGCCACUGCAUCGGAAAUCACUGCAAGCGAACCCUCAAAGCCUUCCUGGAGAAAAUCGACGCGAGUAAAAGCCAAAAGUGCGUGAAUUACGCCGCGUUUGUAGCUGUCGAUUAUAACUACUCGGACCUGCUGGAGGUCCUCAUCGACUUUGGUGUUGACAACUACGAAACCCCUUACGCAGACAGCACGCUUUCGAACGCCGUAAAGGAGGGCUAUCACAGUCUCGUGCGGCAUUUGCUGGACAGAAAUGGAAACGUUAACGAUCUGAACUCGUCAGGCGAAAGUCUCGUAAUGGUCGCCGCGAAAUCUGACGACGUUGCCAUGGUGAAGUUGCUCCUGGAGCGAGGCGCCGAUGUCACUGUGUCCAAUUAUGAAGGGAACACGUGUCUUCAUUUCGCCGCCUGCGGAAACGAAGAAAUGUUGACGCUAUUCCUGGACGGUGGCGACCUGGAGGCGAAGAACCUAUCAGGAUUGACGCCUUUAAUGUUCGCACUGAAGUUGUCGUGCACGGAUUUGGCUCGGCUGUUGAUUUCAUCGGGUGCCGAUAUACACACCGAAGACUUCAUGGGCAACACUUGCUUGCACAAUGCCGCCUGGGCUGGAGACGAUGAAAUGGUCGAGUUUCUUUUGGAAAACGGACUCGAUAUGCACCGAAGGAAUGCGGAAGGUGACGAUUGCUUAGACAUGGCCAUCAACAACGGCUCUCUAAGCGCUGCGAAAGUGUUGAUCGCCCACGGGGCGGACCCUAACCAGGCGAACCGCUACGGCGAGACUUGCCUGCUAAAAGCCAUCGAGACGGACAGCGAAAUCGUCGCCGAAUUUCUCGCGAGAGAUGUCGACGUUAACUGCCAGGGAAACGACGGUCACACCCCUUUCACCCAGGCGCUAGCAUUUGGCAAUACAGACCACGCGAAACUGUUACUGGCGAAAAACGCCGACGUUAGCAUACGAAACCGUCAUGGCUCUAACUUGCACUACGCCAUUUCGCUAGGUGUCGAUGUCGUCGACGCGUUACUUGAUCUCGGCGUGAACGAGCAGGAUGACCAGGGAUACACCCCGCUGCUUCUCGCCGUUCAAAACGGCGCGCUCGAGACUGCCAAACUCCUCCUGGAGAAAGGCGCAGAUGUACGCAUCAAAGACAACCGGGACAAUACCUGCCUGCAUUUCGCGACCGAUCACUCCGAUGUAGAGCUUCUGCAAAUGUUCCUCGGGAAAGGCAUCGACAUAAACUGCAGCAACGGACUCUGCGAGACCCCUCUGCUCAGGGCGCUGAAAGGAGAUCAAUUAGAACACGCCAAAAUACUACUCGCUGAAGGUGCCGAUUGUAGCGUCGUCGACGGUGAGAACGGCUCCUGUCUGGUGUACUGCGCCCAGUUCGGCUUCGACGAACUGCUCGCCGAUUUCAUCUCGAAAGGGCAAGAUGUUAACCAAGCACACUCCGACGGCACUCCGCUUCAGAUGGCCUUCAAGGGAAACCACGCAGGUGCCGUAAAAUUGCUGCUGGCAAAUGGCGCGGACAUCCAUUCCUGCAUUUCCCCUGACGAAACCUGGAUAGACCAUGUCAUCGCACUUGAAGACGUUGAAAUAGCGCGAAUGAUACUCGCACAAGGAAUCGACAUAAACACCCGAUUAUCACGAGCCGAUCCCUUACUCGUUACAGCCCUGAAAAAGAAGUGUAGGGCGAUGGUCGAUUUUCUAAUCGCAACAGGGGCAAGUGCUCGCUCGGUCAGCUACGCCACGGGAGAUUCCUGUUUGCACUACGCGGCACGUGCAGGUUACGAGGACAUCGUGGGCGAUCUCCUGGAUCAAGGUCUCGACAUCGACCGCGAAAAUAACCAGCGCGAGACGCCGCUACGCGUCGCUUUAGUCGAUGGCAAUUGCGCUGUGGCAAAGUUGCUGCUGUCACACGGCGCCUCGGUCGACCAUGGCAACUUUCGAGACUCCUACCUCCACCACGCGGCCAAGCUGGAUGACGACUCUCUGGUUCUCGACCUGAUAACUAAGGGAUGCGAGUUAAACGCGCGCAACGCCGACGGCCAUGCGCCGCUAUCUGUCGCGGUGUUGGCCAACAACGUCGCCAUGGUAAAUCUACUUCUUGGGCAGGGAGCCGAUUUCGCCGUGAGAGAUAAGGCGGAUCGUAAUUUAUUGUACGCCGCGAAGAGUGUCGAUGCCAAAGAACUUGUAGAUAAGUUUGUUAGUCUCGGACUUGCAGAUGAGGAGUUUCAGGAAUCUGGGUAUCAAAAAGACGCUUCUAAAAUAGUGCCACCUGCACUCGAAGAUAUACAUUUUGAAAAAUGCGGAUCUUGUGCAGAAUUAGAUUCUGAAUCACGAGGGCGCGAUGGUCACAAGGAUUGCAAAUAGCCAGAAAAAAAUAAUUUGUACAAAAUUUCGCACUUUAGAAAUUUUAUGAUUACUUCGCAUUUCUGAAGUUAUUUAUGAAUAUUUUUGAAGAAUUUGUGUACCAUUCGAAAGUUCAUUAUAUUUGCCGUCUCACAGAACAAAAAGAAAGUUAAUGUUGCCUUUAACAACCACUCUGGAAACUGUUAAAGCUGUAUAUGCGCGAGAAGUGUAAUAAAAACUUCAGUCGGGAGG